AUGCGUCAGUUAAACACCGAGCUAAUACGCGUUGAAUGCGCAGCUCGCGAUCUGUUCCGGUCGCCGUCCGCGACACGACUACGUCAGGGCCGGCGCAGAGCUAUUCCGCGCGAGCGUAGCAACGGCCAGCUCGCGAACGUCGAGAGCGGUCCGCUCCGCGCGAGGUAUCGCACAAGCAGCGCGGAGUUGACGACCGCGCGCGAAGGCCGCACAAUCGGUCGGCCGACAAAUGUCACGGCCACGCGGCCACACGGCCGCGGCGGGCGACGGGGAAACGCGCCGUGUCGCGGA